AAGAGAAAGGAGGAUGGAGGAUCGAGAGGCGAGGAGGUAAAGGAGGGAAGGAAUAACCUGGAAGGGUUAUGUGGAGGAUGCAGGAGGGCAGGACCGUGUCGCCUCUAGGGCCGGUCGUUCUACCGCGGGAGGAAGCGGAUAUGCGUGCGGGGUUGUCGCUGCCGCCUCAAGAAAGGAGGCACGUGUUGCUCCACGUACGGGCCGCCGAUCCUUUUGUCCGCUACGAGAACGGGCGCCAGCGCUCGCCCUCGCCGACCUCGCCGAUCCUUCGCCCGGUCGACAACGAGGCAGCUUUCCACGACUCGAUGGAAAGUUCGGUGCGCUCCUCGAAGAGGAUAGAGGACACCGAGGAGGCCGAGGAGGAGGAGGAGGAGGAGGAGGAGCAGGAGGACGAGGAGGAGGAGGAGGAGGACGGGGACCGGGAGGAGAGGAGCGCGAGGAGAAGCAGGAACGUGGCCGAGGACGAAGAGGACGAGGAGGAGCAGGAGGAGGAGGAGGAGGAGGAGGUGCAUCCGGGAGAUCGGGAGGACGGAGGUUACCAGGAGGACGAGGAGGUCGAGGUGGACGUUUGUCGGGACGAGGUGGACGAGAGCAACCCGAGCAGCCCCGUCGACUUGACCGCCCCUUCGUCGAGGGGCGGCGGCGGCGGGCCCGAUCAGUUCCUUAACCCGUUCGCCGCUCGGGGCGUGCACCCUUUCUCGUGUGUUCAAAGCGGUGAACAGACCGCUACUGCCCACGGCACACCUGUGUACAUAUCCGCGCAAGCCGCCGCCGCAGCCGCCGCCGCCGCCGCCGCCGCAGCCGCGUCGACCGUGAUGACCGUCUGCACUUCCGGGAACGCGGCACGCACGACCGGCACCUCGACCGGCGGCGGCAUCACCACGACCGCGAGCACUGUGCAAGCGAACAAACGGUGUCUCGCGUUCUCGGUCGAGAAUAUAUUGGAUCCGAACAAGUUCACCGGCGGAAGGGUGGUUCACAGCCGCGUCCAGCAUCGGCGACAUCGGCGGGCCGACAGCGUGCACGAAGAUGGUGACUCGCGGGGCGAGUUCGCCUGCGGGAGCGGCCAGGAGGACGAGGAGGGCACGCCCGAGGCGGGGAUGGAGGAGAUGGACGAGGAGGCGGACGAGGAGGAGGAGGACGAGGACGUGGAGAUGAGGGUGGCCGAUCAAGAGUCCUCGAACGCCGGCCGGGACGGGAGCGGGGCGGCGGCGGCGGCGAGCAACAACGCGUCCUCGCCCAGCUGCAAGAAGAGGCAAUCCUCCUCCUCCUCCUCCUCCUCGUCGAGCGGCGUCCAGGCUCAAGGUUGCCAGGGUCAGGGGAACCAGGGCAGCCAGAACGGGACCGGCGGGGGGAGCGGUGGGACGGGCGGCAAGCCGAGGAGGGCCAGGACGGCGUUCACCUACGAGCAACUGGUCGCCCUCGAGAACAAGUUCAAGACGACGAGGUACCUCUCCGUGUGCGAGCGGCUGAACCUUGCCCUCUCCCUCUCGUUGACCGAGACCCAGGUGAAGAUCUGGUUCCAGAACAGGCGCACCAAGUGGAAGAAGCAGAACCCGGGCCUGGACGUGAACAGCCCGACCGUCCCGACCACCCCGCCGCAUCCGCCGCCUUACGCGCCCGCCUUCCUCUUCGCCGCCCAUCCUCACCAGCACCCCCUCCCCCACUCGCACACGCACCCCCACCCACACACCCACGUCCACCAUCCGGCCCCCGUGCCGCCGCCGCCACCCCCCGGCUAUUAUCACCCGGCAGCGCCGCCUUAUCCGCCUACGGGGCCGACCUUCUUCGGCCAUCACCUGCCCGCAACCCCCGCCACCGCGUCCGGCCCACCGCCCACCUCCACGCCAUCCUCCACGGGCCUUGCCCUCCCCACCCACCCGCACCCGCACACGCAUCCGCACGCGUAGCGAACUCGACGAUCGGUCGCGCGGACCUCCUCCUCCCCCUUCCCU